CUCAGUCCUGUUUGACCACCGCAACUCAACACACUCACCUCUGCUUGAGAAGGUGCGCCGCCGUACUCACCACCCUUCUCUCUUUACUCUUGAAGCUCCCUCAGGAGCUCCAGCAGCCAUGUCGGCAGCUCCCACCUCUCGCGCCCUUCUCCGGCAGUCCAGAUUGCUCCUGCGCCGCAACAAUUUCAGACAAGCUUCCACCACCUCAGAAGCCGCUGCAAAGGUGCAAGAAAGCUCCAAGCAGGUCGCGUCAAAAGCGUCAGAAGGCUUGAGCCGUGUUUCGAGCUCCGCUGGCUCCGCAAUUUCCAAAGUCGGCUCCUCCGCGUACAGUGCCCUGAGCAGAGUUGGCGGAAGAACGGGAAGAGUUAUUUCCUUUGUCGAAUCAUUAAUACCGCCGACGGUCUACUACUCUCGCGUGGGAUGGGAGCUCGCAAGGAUUGUCUUCAAGGGUCAACAGAUGGCUCCUCCCUCUGUGGCCCAAUUUCAAUCCUAUUUCCAACCUUUGAUUAACGUCUUCCGGAACCCGGCGUCCAUCACGUCAAGCGCAAGCUCUGCGUUCAAAGCCGUCAACCCGGACGCCGUCCUUGGCACCAUUCGCAACGCAAACCGCAGCCAGCUGACCACUGUCGGCAUCGUCUUCGCUGAGGUGUUGGGUUUCUUCACCGUCGGUGAAAUGAUUGGAAGAAUGAAGAUAGUCGGAUACCACGGCGAGCCCCAUCAUGAACAUUAAGAGAAACCCCCAAAAGGAUCGACUGCCAAACGUUUGUUGGAUGGCUGCGCCUUUGUAAUCUUAGGAGUUUAUCGCACGAAAAGACAGGUCAAUACAUAUCUUCGGGUCGAGGCAGUGGUUGAGCUUGUUUUGUGAUGGCUGUUACAGUUGCACGCGCAGCAAUUGGCAAGACAUUUGCUUUUCCGUUCAGAUGUUCACUGCUGGACAGAGUGCUACACAUCAAAAUAUCUUACAAACCACACUGCCACGCCGGCAAGAGUGUCCUGCGUGGUCACCAAAUGUCUUCGGUGUAGUGCCCGGGAUACUGUGUGCCCAAGCACAGCGCAGACGUUGCCUUGACCUCAGCCAAUUGCUCUCCCUCUCUAUUCUGCCAUCUAUCCCUCCCUGUCCAUUCCCAUUCAGAUCAUUUGAAAAACCUUUCAGCGGAAGAAAAGACUUGUAAAGCGAUCUUUCAAUUCGUUGUCUG